AUGCACUUAAAGCAAGGAGAUCCAAAGCCAGAAUUUCGCUCUGACCGUUUAACUCUCAUUGGAUAUAGGUUUUGCCCUUAUGUUGAUCGAGUUAAACUGAUUACUGGACCAACCUAUAUGCUGUUGAGUAGUCCUCAAAUAUCUGAUGGGGAUGUUGCACAUUAUUGGGAAGCAUGCAGUAAGCUAAACGAUGCAAUUAAAGGUCCAUAUUUCGCCGGUCACGAUUUAAGCCUAGCCGAUCUACUCAUCUUUCCACAUUUACAAAGAUUUGAAACUAUUGUCGGACGAAUCAACGGGAAAGACUUGAAUAAUAUUGGUGAAUUGAAUGGAAACGAUGAACUACGCGCUAAAUGGCCUAAAUUGACAGGAUAUUUAGACGCAAUGAGAAAGAAAUCAUUUGUUGCUGAAAGUGUUGCAUCAUGUCAACUUAUUGCUCGUUUUGUGAAUAAUAAACAUCAGGGUAAAGAUGAUCCUGAUAUAGAAUGAAUGAAUGAAUGAAUGGAGUUUGUAAAUUGAAGCGGAAUUCAAAGUCAACUUUGCUCAUUUGAUUGAUAUUGUUAUCAUGACUGUGGAUGGUUUAUAUUUUUGUAGUUGUAGUAGCUCAACACUUUUCUAUUGAUGUUAUGCUAUUUAUCCUUUCUAUGUGUGCUCUGUGUGAAUAAAUAUAAUUUUUGCUUUCUACUAAA